CAGCCAAUCGGGAGGCACGUCGCUUUCUGGAAGCGUCCGCGGCUUGAGGCGGCGCAUGUGCAGCGCGACUCGGCUCCCGGUAUCCAAGGGCAUCGGUGACGUUGGGCUGUAUGCAUGCAUGGCAGCUGCUGUGAGCUGCAGGCAGAGUGCAGCCAGAGGCCUGGCAGCAUUUGGACUCAGGCAGCGGAGACUUUGCUGCGGAAAUCUUCCCAGAACCCGAGGGAGUGACUACUACUAUUUGACCUGGAGACGGAGUACCUUGCCUCUAUGCCAUAAACAGAGACUCGAGGUGUGCCAUGGUAGGCCUUCCCGGCGGAUUAGCAGCGUGUCGUGGGCUACGCAGGCUGCUGUCCACGUUCAGUACCGGACUAAGAGACGGCCAGGCAUCAUAGGACAUACGGCGGCUGCCCAUAGACUUAACCUUGGGCCAAAUCACUUUCCGGAUUUGGAACGGGCCCAGGUACCUACGUAUGGCCUUUUGCAUGGUGCCUGCAGUGGAAGGUCACUCCCAAGUGACAUACGCCUGCAAUCCCUCAUCUGUAUCCUGGACGAGAAGGUCAGUAUGCAGCUGGUCAUGAGUGGCUGGGGAAAGAAGCAGACUGCCCUACUGGAGGUGCCCUGCUCCAGGUUGGUUCGUUUGCAGCAGCUGGUGGCCUCCAGGGUGGAAAGCGUGCCUGCUGGACUGGAUGGGCGGCUUGGUGCUGAGCAAGCGAGUGCACUUCUCCUGGCCCAGCUGGAAGGCAUCUUGGAUUCAAUCACAACUGUCGAUGGUGGCAAUGCAGAUGACAUUGUGGUGGAGCAGCAUGUCUCCUCUAAUUCUGACAGGGAGACAAUGGUUAAAGAUUUGCUUGAGGAGUGUGUCCCAGAAACACUGGCAGGGAAGCCUGAGGAAACCAGAGUGUCCCCUGCAAGUGUGCAGAUUUCCCAUACAGAAGAACCCUCCGAGACCAUGCUGAGCCUUUGGGACAUGCAUGAGGGGCACCUGGAUUCUUUCCAGGCACUGUUUGACAGUGAGCGCUGCCCGAUGCCAUACCACUUGGGUUUUGAGCACCCCACAAUUCCUGUGCCACCACUUGGAGCAUUGGCCACUUUCAGUGGCACCGGUAACCUUGCAAGUGCAAGCUUUCAGAAGAAGGAGCCCAGUAUGGAGGAACAUCUAGCUGUCCUUUAUGAAAAGCUGAGAGUGGAGUUGCCGAAUUUCUUCCUGAAGCCGCAUGAUUAUGGGAUGUACUCUCCAAAUGUAGAAUUCAUCAGCCAGUUUCCAAGGAUAAAGACGCGGGGUCGUACCACCUAUCAGAUAGUUGUGACAUUGCUUCGGUUUAUCGUUUGGAAUUACUGUGCAGAUGUUCACUUGGACAUUAUGAAAAUGACGCAGCAUCCUGAGAACUGCACCAUUCAAGUCCGCUGGAGAAUUACAGGACUCCCGCUCCAUGUUUUGAUACUGAAAUUUUACAAGAAGGACAAGACUGAACUCUAUCGAACCUAUGAUGCAUAUUCCACGUUCUAUCUGGGACCUGAUGGACUUAUUCAUCGGCACAAGGUCGACAAGAUGAUGCCGACCCAGCCCCCAGUUGCCAAGGUGAAGACGCUGCUUGUUGGGGCCCUGGUUGCCCUCGGACUGGAAGAACACCGACCGGCAUUGAACCUGCUACUUGCUCAGUCUGCUGGCAAAGUGGUGGAAAAGCACUGCUGAGAGUGCCAUGGCGUUGGGCAGAGUGGGACAGGGUUUUACACCGUCAGGAACAAACAUGUGCUAAGCUUGCUGGGCUAGCCCGCUGGCAGUUGCUGCACUUUGUACCCAUCCAGGCUGCUUCGGUCAUCUCAUGUUUUGAUGCAAUUGGAAAGCCCACCCGCUCGCACCCCUCCCUUUCGCUCCCUAUGAACUGCUUUUGCACUGUACAUAAAAUGGUAGCGAGAAUGCAGAUCUAUGCAAUGUUAGGUUGCCUGGAGAGUAUGUACUGUCAGGUGAGGAAUGUGUAAGAUAGUAAGACCAUUGUACAUUACGCCUUAUAAUUUUAAUUUCCGUCCUAAUGGUUGCGAACUCUAAUAGAGUAAGGCUUCACUGGGUUGCUUUUCUUUGUUGUUGGGGGCAUGCUUCUAGCUGUCCAGAUUACCAUAUCAAAAGUAUUAGGUUCGUUCUGUUCCUCAGGCUGUUAGUUUGCCUGGAAUGUGUUGAAGAGUCUGCUCAUGGUGUUCUCCCCCCCCACCUUUGCAAUCACCCAAUUUUGCAGAUUAAAAAAAUUCGAUGGGAUCCAAUGCAGCGCUGGGGCAGAGUGGUACUAGGGUAUGGAAUGCUGCGUUUCCCCCUUGAUUGCUUUUGCUACAGCACCAGCUGCAGGAGUGGGUAAGCUUGCCCCGCUGCAUCUGAAUUCUGCUCCCUCCUAUUCCCCCAUCCAACUGCAAUCUCAGUACUGUGUGAUGCUUU